CUUAGCAACACGACGCCAUCAACUGCAGCAUAAUAUUGUUUAUUCGAAAAUCUGUUUUAUUUAAAAAGUGUCCGUUAUGGAUCAAACAAAAAGACCCCUUCUUAUUCCCCCAGAGUUCGGAACAUAUGCCGAGAAACAUGGAAUAUUCGAUUUAUAUAAGAGACUAAUGGAACAGUUAUUAAUCAACAAACCCUCAGAUCCACUAGCAUUUCUGGUGGAAUUACUAAAGAGGGACAACAAUGAUGUUCCUCAAGUCAUAAUCCUAGGACCGCCAGCCUCUGGUAAAAAGACAAUAGCCAAACUUUGUUCCAAUAAACUAAGAACUGCACAUCUUACAGAAGACAAUAUGGUCGCUGAAGCUGAAACAGACACCAAAGUUAAGGUGCAGGAGAUGAUGAAAAAGAAACAGACUGUUCCAACAGAUGUAUGGGUCAAGAUAUUAACUGACAGAAUGAAACUGGCUGACUGUAUUAAGAAAGGCUGGGUCAUGGAAGGUUUUCCGCAGACAAGAGAACAAGCUUUAGCAUUGCAAACUGCUGGUGUUUAUGCAAAACACACAGUUAUAUUAGAUGCGCCAGAUACAGUGUUGAUUGAAAGAGCCCAAGGUAAAAGGAUUGAUCCAAAGACAGGAGAUAUUUACCAUACUACAUUUGAUUUACCUACAAAUCCUGAGAUCCAGGGACGUCUAGAAGAAGUUCCAGGUUACAAAGAGGAAGAAAUGGUACAAAAACUGAUAGAAUAUCAUCGCCAUAUUGAUGGAGUACUAGAUUGUUACCAGAAGACAGUAAAAACUAUCAAUGCUGAUCAACCUAAAGCAGAUGUCUUCUCACAAGUAUACACAUAUCUAUGUAGAAACCCUAGAUCUAAUGCACCACACACCCCAAGGAUUGUAUUACUGGGGCCUACAGGAUCAGGGAAAGGUGUCCAAGCAGCUCUCCUGGCCAAUAAAUAUAACAUUGUUAAUGUAUCAUGUGGACAGUUGGUGAAACAGUCCAUAGCAGAUGAAACUGACCAAGGAAAGGCUUCUAUUCCUUAUGUGGACAAAGAUAUGAUGGUGCCAGAUACAAUUGUACAGAAAAUAGUGAGCAAUAGAUUGUCCCAGCUCGACUGUGUCAGUAGGGGAUGGGUGCUACAUGGUUACCCCAGGACCAGAGAACAGGGAGAAAUGCUUGCUAAAGAAGGAUUUCUUCCUAACAGAAUGUUUUUCCUCAAUGUGCCCAAUGAUUCAGUGAUAGAGAGAUUAACAUUACGGUCCACCGAUCCAAUCACAGGAGACAGAUAUCACAGCCUAUACAAUCCUCCACGGACACAGGAAGUCAAAGAUCGUCUGUCUAAACAUACGAAAGAUGAGGAAAGCAAGGUGAAGUCCAGGUUAUCACAAUAUCAUGCCUAUGUAGAGGAGUUAGCAGAUUUAUAUACACAAGGACAACAAAUUAAUGCUGACCAAGACCCACAUACAGUGUUUGAAUGUAUUGAAAGUAUGAUUGUCAAUCCACUGCCGAAAAAGUUUAUGUGAAAUUGGACAAACAAGCAAUUCUGUGAUAUUUAUUUGACAAGUUAUGUUACAAUUGAUGUUAACUUUAUAAAAUUCUAUCUUGUAAUAAGAUGUUUCAAUGUCAUCUUGACUUGCAUGUUAAAAUGAUGGAUUAUUACACUUUAUACAGCAUGAAAUAGCAAGGAAAGUCUAAAUUGCAAGAACAAUAAGAUACUUGGAUAUAAACAAUUAAUUUUACGCUAUAUUUAUAAACGACAACAUUGUUUUUAUAAUAUUAGAAGACAUAACAUCAUAACGUUUUGUUUCACUGCCUUGUAAUGAUGAUUUUUCUUUUUUACAAGAGUCCUUUAUGUUGAAAGCUAUAUUAUAUAUGAAGAAACCAUAAAAUAUUCAGUGGUAAAUAUUGCAUUUAUCUCAAAAAUUAUUUAAUCAGUAUAUUUUAUUAUGGUA